AUCAUUAAUAGAAACAACAAAUUCGAUUCUUAAGUUGCGUUUUCAUACAAACAAAACAAAUCAAAUAAAACACAUGUAAAUAGAGCAGCAAAGGAACAACAACAACUAAGCGUAUUUAAAAAAAAAUAAAAUAUGAAAAAUGUGAACAUAAAAACAAGUGAAAAAAUAGAACCAUAAAUGUGAUCUAUUUAAUAAUAAACAAACAAAAAAAGAAAAAAACAAUACAAAAUAGAAAAACAAAAAAUAUUAACAUUUGAAAAAUUUACGUUUUUCUUUUGUUUUUGUUUUUCGAUUUUUUCAUUUUGUAAAUCUUAAAUAUGUAACACUUUUUAAUUUGUAGAACUUUAAAUAUAAUUUGCCAAACAAACAAUUCGUUUUUUCUUGUACGCCACGCCUAAAAAUACCAACAAUAAAAAAAAAACACAAAUUUAUUAAACAAUUUUCAAUAUCGUAGAAAUUGCAACGCUUUAAAUGUUGAACAAACUUGCCACUUAUGUUGUUGUUACACUCGAAAAAAUUACCAGCUUCUUUUUGAUUUUGAUUUUUAGUAGGAAUUUAUGAGAAAUGUCCAGCGACAAUGAUGAUGACGCGAUUUUUUGUUGUUUUUUCAAUGGAUGGGUGUAAAAUGAAUCUUAGACACGUCCAGUGCUCCUCAAAGUAUUUGUAAACAAUAAUGAUAAAUGAUAUAUAAAGAAAGAUAAAAAGAAAAUCUAUCGAUAAACUAGUUAUUUAUGAUAUAUAAUGUGCAUGUGUAUGUGUAUGGUUAAAUUGUAGAAUUUUUACAUAAUCCUCGUACGAUGAUAAUACCUAGAGCGUAUGAAUGUAUGGCUGAGUGUGCGUGUGUGUGUGUGUGAGUUGAACGGGAACCAAUUAAAGCGAAACACUUUAAAAAUUAAUCAAUCAAUUAGAAGAACGCCUAAGCAAAAUACAACAAAACAAACAAACAAACAAAGAAGAAAUACUAGAAAAUUCUAUUAAAAGCAAAACCGAAACAAUAAUGAUAAUAAUAAUAUUAAUAAUUGUAUGUACUAUCGAAAAUAUUUAAAGCCGAGCACAACUUUAUCCCCUCAAUCCUUCCUUUGCCCCACUCCUCAGCCUCUUACCCUCACCCUCACACACACACACACACUCUCGCAUUCCACACUCACAACCAUUUUUGAUAUUGCUAAAACAAACAACAAGAAGAAAAUAUUAUAACAAUUAUUUAAGCGAUUAUCCCACCAUGUGAUUUUUAUGAAAUCUAUAAUUUCAAUUGCGUAGAACAAAGAGAAUUGUUUUUGUUUUUUGGGAGACAGCAAUGAAAUUAAUGUUUUUGUUGUUAUUAGCGAUCAAACACUCGUAUCUUAACACAAAAUUGAACUCUUUAAACAACAACAAAAAAAAAACACAAAGAACAAACAUUCUAAAAUGUCGUAAAAUUAAUAAACAAACAAAAAUCUCGUUCCAAGUUGCAGUUUUGCAGCCAUUUUGUUUGUGCCCAGAAAAGUAUGCUAUGGCUGAGAAGUUGAUGUGAAACUGGAACUUGGAACUGGGCUCAGCUAGUAGAUAUGGGAAUACUCUAUGUUGUAAAUCACGUAGCUACACUAAGUAAAAGUUUAACAAUUUCCAUAAACUAUAAAACAAAAAAAACACAACAACAAAUACAAAGCAAAGGCAAACAAGAAAUAUGAUAUAUAUAUAUAUAUAUACAUAAUUAUACAUAUAUGUGUGUAUGUAAAAACAAACAACAAAUUUAAACUUUAGUAGCGCUUAACAAAUUCUAGCAAUUUAACAAAUUUUAAUUAAUCAAAAUAUGAAAUAUAUAUAUUAAAAACAAAUUCAAAACAAAAACAAAAAAAAAAAACAAAACAAAACAAAUGCAACAAACUGCAAUUUCAUUUUUCUCUGUGUAAAAGUUGAGUAAACAAAACAAAAAAAAUAAAUUUUUUAAAUGUGAACUUGGCGUUUUUUCUUUGGAUUGCUGGCAGAAGCUUGCAGCGGUGGGGUUUGUGUCUUGGCAAAAGCUUUCAGCGUGCGCACGCACCAACAAAAGCGCCACACAGCGUCAGCCAAUGGCAACUCAGCUUGUAUGCGCGUUCUCACUCUUUCGCUUAGCGAUCCUAGCGUAGCUGGCUUUAAGCCAAUGGGCAGUCAGCAAAGCUGCGCUCGGCUUAAAGUUCGGCUUGGCGUUGUCAACGGCAGCCCAAGCUGUGUUAUUCGUUCGACGGAGCUUGACGCGAACGGACGUGUUAUUGCUGUGUGUUGUCGCUGGACUUUUGUCGUUCGCGUUCGCUUUUUUUGUGCAGUGCGUUUUCUAACACUGCGCUUGCAGAUAAUGCUAGUUCUAUGAUUGGUACGUAAAAUCAGGCUGCAUAACGCGCUCUCUUUCUCCCACCCUGUGUGAGUGUAUGUGAUGUGCAUAUCAGAUAAGGCAAACUGCUUGCCCUUCAAAUUGUCAUCGUUAUCGGUAUAGAUAUCUGCUCUUUUGUUACCAACUCCUUGCGGCAUUUCGCAAAGGAAUUUCCCCCUGUGCCAAGCCUAAUGAGUAUGUGUGUGUGUGUGUGUGACAGUUAAAGUAAUUCAUAUGAAUAACAAUAAAUGACUAAAAAUACUCGCAUGCAGAUCUUCGAUAUCUUCAGCUCACAACAACUACGAGAAGUUGGCAACUCUGGGUGCGCCUCGGCAGCUGAAACUCUGACAGCACGUGCCCUGUAACUGAAGACAGUCUACAGGGAAUCGAAGAGAGAGAGAGAAAGAGUUUUGUCGAGGAAAUGGAGCAGAGUCAAGAGACAGCAGAUGUGGAUGUCAGUCCCAGCAGCGAGGCGGGAGAAUCUUCCGCUCAGCCCACACAGAUCACAUCCAUCGAUGGAUUCUUCAAUCGCAAGCGUGGAAGACCGCCUAAGAAUCGCUUCGUAGAAGUCUACAAAAGUGCUCAACACUCACCCCAAGCCAUAUUUACCAGCUUUAAGCUGGAGAAAAAUGAUCAGACUAAUGUUUCCGGUUUGUCAACGUCCACGGAGAAUGCCGAGCAUCCUCUCACCACACUCAGACUGGGAGCAGUCGCCAAUCAAACGGUCACACAAGCCCACCCACUGAUCGCAACAGAUCUCACACCUAGUCGGACCAGGAAAAGAGGUCGUGUUUGGACCGUGGAAUCACAAAGAGACUUACCAAACAAUGAGAAGUCGAAACACUCCACAAAAAUGGAAUCAAAUGAGAGACGAUCACCCGCUCAAUCUAUGUUCACUACACCCGAUCUAGAGAGUCCUUUAAGCAGCAGCAAAUGCUUGGAGAAAAUUUCAGUUGUGCGUGCAGCGGGCACUUUCUAUCCAGAGAAUGCCAGCACAAUGGAAACCCUAGAGAGCACAAGGAGUCGCUAUAGUCCACCAACGAAUCGGGAUAAUGGCAGCUUGGAGCAACCAGAAGAUUUGAGUAUGCGUGGCAGCCAAGCCAAGGAAUCAAGUUCAGUGCGUGGUGAGCAGGAGACACAAGGAUUGAAGCUGCUGCUCGAUCUGUAUCAACGUCAAUGGCUGCUGCCCAGUUUCUUGGCGGCCGCAAGUCAACCGGCGCCUCUGGACAUGCGUUUGCUGCUGGAGAAUGCGGUGCAGCAGAAGAUGUUGUUGCUCAAUGCGGCUGCAGCAGGCGCUGUGGCAGCUGCCGCCGCAGCAGCAACUGCUUCAACCCCAGUCGAGGAGUCACCACCAGGUGUGGAAUCUAUUACUGCGACUCCCAUUGCAGUUGCAACCCAAAUGACUGGACGCAAUAAACGAGCGAGGGAACAAGAUAUUCCAACGGGAUAUCUGAAGUUUCGCUUCAACGAAGAUUGCAACUUUGAGCGUUGUGGCUAUCGGAAUCAUCAGUCGCACUUCCAUUGUAAUCGACGCGACUGCCACUACAGCUUCUGUGACAAAACCCGCUUUGUCCAACACACGGCGCGACAUGAACGCAUGGACACAUUGAUGGGCGAUGACUUUCAACAGUUUCGCGCCAACAUGCGCUGUGGUGUCAGCGAUUGUUGUUACGCCUCCCACACGACGACUACGUCCUCAAUGACGCCUCUCAACUCCCGCCCAGAUGACAUGCUGGCUGCUCCAAAGAAAUCAUCGCAUUUCCACUGCCGCAAAUGCGAUUACGUCUGUACCGAUUCCAAUAAGGUGGUCGCCCAUCGUCGGCUGCACAUGCGACUGGAGUAUGUGCGCUCGGCAGGCUUUCGUAAGAUCGCCAGCAAUGAGUCCUGCGCCACGCCAUCCUGCUCCUAUGCGCUUCGCCACACACAUUAUCAUUGCACCACCUGUGACUGCAGCGUGUUGUCCCGUGCUCAGCUCGCCUCGCAUAGGCACAGGAUCAGUCCAAGCACCAAACAGAUUGCGGAGAGUUUGCCUGCUAUCAAUGUGGAACACGAUUUGCGGGCAUAUCCUUAAUUUUAGUUUGUUAAUGUAAUAAAAAGCCAUAUAAACUCUUAAUCGUUUGCGAUAAAUAACUGCGGGUUUAUGGACAGGGUUGCAAAUUGCAAUCGGUGCAUUGUACGAUUGUUUAAGGAAAUUGGGGCAGCAGGUCACACUUAGUAAUCGACAAGUGUUGAAAUCGAUUUUCGAUUAAUCGCCUAAAAGCUUGUAAAUUGCAAGGUAAAUGUUAAAUAUAUCGUUUAAACCACAAAUUCUAGCUAAAAUAAGUAAAUAAUAAUUAGCUGAAGUGUCUUAAUAUUUAUAUUCAAUAAUUAGGGUUAUAAAAGUGUAUUUCUUUUGAUAAGCUGUCGGUAUGUGUUUGCUAAUAAGCUGGUUACACUUUUAUAACUACCAAGCGAUCGGUUUUAGGAUAAAAGACUUGUAAUGUUGCAAAAAAAGCUGGUCCCACUUCUGCAUAGCGCCAAUGCAAUUCAAAUCUUAAUUUGAAAUUUUAAUUAGGAUUCGUAUGCAAAACAUGUACACGAUUACGACGAUUCUUGACCCACAAAUGAAUAUACUCCAAUAAAUAGCGAAGAAAGAGAAAGUAGAACAAUUCCGAAAUGAAAACAACGCUGAAACCGACCAUUAAGCUCAUAAUGCCGCCAGUUAAAGCUGUAAUAAACAAUUUCUGUAAAUUCAAUUUGAAGGCAAUUAGCUACACUUACACAUAUACUCAGUGAUUCCUGUGUAAGAGGACUUCAUAUUGCUGCGAAACAAGUUGUCGUUGUGAUAGAAGUUGACCACGGCCAAAUUUUUGCGAAUAUACUCCGUGGAGAAGUGCUUGAGAUACUCAUUAGUGACCCGAAUGCCCUUCUGAUGAAAGGGUAUGGAGAAGGGAUCGGGAAAGUAGGAGACAUCAUG